AUGGAGUCGGCACUUGAGUUGUUGCUGGGGAAUCAGCAUAUGAACGAGUUAAAGGAUAAUUUGGGGAAAAUGUGUGAAAGAAAUAAUUUGGGAGCUUACGUCGAGAUUUACCAAACAUUAAUCUGCCAUUCUCUCUUGGUUUUGGCGCAUACACGACAUCCUCCGGUUCUGGUGGUCGGCGGCGGGGCAGGCGGUGAGUCGAGGAAAUGGCGGCGUACGGAAACAGAGGGCAAUCGAUCGAGACGGGCCACGUCUACAUCAAAUCGGCAUCCUGAGAGACGGACGACUGACGGAGAACUUCGAAUCAGAGGCGGAGAUAACGUCCCUGGGCAUAGUUGCUCGAUCUCCUCAACGCUGGUCAUUCAUGGCGGGUUAUUGCGCGAAGGGAGAACUCCCGGCGUGAAUGCUCGACUGGUAGCAGAUCCUGGGCGAGCUAUUCGUGAACAACCGAGAGGCCCGAUUCCGGGAGGCUACAAUCGGUGA